AUGUUGGAGGCAAGCGCACAGGACAUGAUCAUGCAAAAGGAGCAGAUUUCAUCUUUAAAGAGCGAGAAUGCGACGUUGAGGGCCAGACUUAGAGAGACGGAACUGCAGCAGGAUGAACUGGAUCAGUACGGACGACGAAAUACGGUUGAAGUGCAUGGUAUACCAGAAAUUAAAAACGAAAACAUUCCGGAUCAUAUUAUUAAUAUUGGAAAGGUGCUAAACGUGAAUUUAGACUAUUCUUCAAUAGAUGCGUGUCACCGGCUACCAAAAAGAAGAAAUCAACCAAUAACAGCAGCAGCGGCGAUAGUGGUUCGUUUUGUGCGACGCGCGGAUGCUGAUGCGUUGCUGAGUGGCCGCCGAGCCAUAAAUUUAACUACGAGUCACAUCAACAUCCAGGGAAACAAUACAAUAUACCUAAAUCAAUCCCUCACCAAAAAAAGAAGAAAGUUGUUUGCUCAGGCGAGGCAAAUACUUGGAGAUAAGGGAGUACGACGCCUGUGGAUUGACUGUGUCGGGAGAGUGAAGGUGAGAGGUGAGGACGGAGAGACGGUUUAUCUUCUGAAAGAUGAGGAGGACUUGAAACACAUUAGGACACGGAAAGAUUGA